AUGGCGAGAGCAGUGCCAUGCCCAGGGACAAUGAAGAAACCUAAUAGAGCUGGCUUGCCUUUUGCAAUUCUCAAUUCAAGACGUAUCCCCUUCCAGAGAGGAGUUUUCUGUAGCGAUGACUCCAUCCGCUAUCCAUACAAAGAGGACACCAUUUCUUAUAAGUUGUUAGCAGGAAUAAUUGUUCCUUUCUGUAUAAUUGUUAUAAUCGUAGGAGAGACCCUCUCUGUUUCUUAUAACCAUUUGCACUCAAAUUCAUUUGUCAGAAAUAGCUACAUAGCCACUAUUUACAAAGCCAUUGGGACCUUCAUUUUUGGAGCAGCCGCUAGCCAGUCGCUGACGGACAUUGCCAAGUACUCCAUCGGCCGCCUGCGCCCGCACUUCCUGGCCGUGUGCCAGCCCGACUGGGCGCGCAUCAACUGCACCCUGGGCUACGUCGAGAACUUCCUCUGCCAAGGAGACAAAGCCAAAAUCAAUGAGGGGAGGCUAUCGUUUUACUCUGGCCAUUCUUCGUUCUCCAUGUACUGCAUGCUGUUCCUAGCACUUUACCUACAGGCCAGAAUGAAAGGAGAUUGGGCAAGACUUGUACGUCCGACUCUGCAAUUUGCUCUCGUCGCUGCAUCCAUCUAUGUGGGUCUUUCACGUGUUUCUGACUACAAACAUCACUGGAGUGAUGUUUUGACAGGACUCAUUCAGGGAGCAGUGGUAGCUGUGCUUAUUGUUUUAUAUGUGUCAGACUUCUUCAAAGUGAGAGCAUGUACGUUUCAACCAAAGGAAGAUUCCCAUACGACCCUACAUGAGACGCCAACAAAUGGAAAUCACUUCGGUAGCAAUCAUCAACCAUGAAGAAAGGGGCCCCCUCAACACUCUUGCUCUCUGACAGAAAAACAAUUCCAAACGCCUAUGUAAUAUAAAUAAAUGCCUUUUAAGGGACUGCUGCUGUUCUUAGAUGCUCACUUUACUUGUAUAUAGUAACAUUUAACACCAUUAUGUAUAUCUAAACAUUAAAUUUCAGUUGGUUCAAGCUCUUGCUU